AAAACGGAGCGAAUAAGCAGAGAACCAAUAAACUCAAUGGACUUCCAAAACGACGCCGUUGAAAUACUCUCUUCUUCUUCCUCCGAGUCCGAACUCGGCGAUUCCGGCGAUGAUUUCGCCGUCAGUUCACCUGAAGAUCCACAAGACGAUCUCGAUUCUGAUUCUGACGAUGAUAGCAACAAUAACAACAGUCAAGAAGAUGGACACGUGGCGGCUCGACCCACCGUCCGUACAGCACCUCGGCGAAUCGACCGGAAAUCACAAAAUGUCGAUGCUCUUGUCAGAGGGAAUCUUGUCGUGAAAAGGCAGUCGCUACUUCCCCGGGUCCUUUCUGUGACAGACAGAGCAGCAGCUGGAAGGCAGCCCUUUCAACCACCAUCUUCUAAUGGCUACUCUGAAAAUAAUGAAAAACUGGCUCAACGGCUCUGGGCUCGUAAACGGUUUGUCCCAUGGGGUUCCUCGAGGCCAGUUUUAGUUUCCAUUACAAAUAGGGUAGAUAUUCCUGUUGCCGCUGAAAAGGUAGCUCCAGAAGAGGAUACGAGCCUGCCACCAGGGAUUGAACCUUUGGUACUGUGGCAGCCUGAAGAGUGUGAAGGCGGAGACAAUGAUUCAAAGAUAACGGUGGAUUCCUUGCUUGUUAAAUUUCUUCGACCUCAUCAAAGAGAAGGGGUCCAGUUUAUGUUCGAAUGUGUUUCAGGCUUAUACAGUGCAGCUAAUAUACAUGGAUGUAUUCUGGCUGAUGAUAUGGGUUUAGGGAAGACAUUGCAAUCUAUUACUCUGCUAUAUACUCUUCUUCGUCAAGGAUUUGAUAAGAAGCCAAUGGUUAAAAAGGCAGUAAUUGUUACUCCCACCAGUCUUGUUAGUAACUGGGAGGCUGAAAUCAUGAAGUGGGUUGGGGAAAGAGUCAGGCUUGUUGCUUUGUGUGAAAGCACCCGAGAUGAUGUAGUUUCUAGCAUUAAUAGUUUUACUAGCCCUCGCAGUAAUCUACAGGUACUAAUUGUUUCUUAUGAGACAUUUCGAAUGCAUUCAUCAAAAUUCGAUGGAAGUGGAUCCUGUGACCUUCUCAUAUGCGAUGAGGCUCAUAGGUUAAAAAAUGGCCAGACUUUAACAAAUCGAGCUUUGGCUGCUGUGCCGUGCAAGCGUCGGAUUCUAUUGUCCGGAACGCCAAUGCAAAAUGACCUGGAAGAGUUUUAUGCUAUGGUUAAUUUUACCAAUCCGGGAAUAUUGGGCGAUGCUUCAUACUUUCGACGGUAUUACCAGACACCUAUCAUAUGUGGAAGAGAACCCUCUGCUACUGAAGAUGAUAAGACGCUGGGUAUUGAACGAUCUGCAGAAUUGAGUGCAAAAGUCAAUCAGUUUAUAUUGAGGAGAACUAAUGCGCUUCUAUCGAACCACCUACCACCAAAGAUAGUCGAAGUGGUCUGCUGCAGGUUGACUCCUCUCCAAGUUGAAUUGUACAACCAUUUUAUCCAUUCCAAAAAUGUUAAACAAGUGCUUAAUGAAGAACCGAAACAAGCAAAAAUCUUAGCAUGCAUAACAGCACUCAAGAAGCUUUGCAAUCAUCCCAAGCUGAUAUAUGACACUAUUCGAAGUGGGAGCCCAGGGACAUCAGGGUUUGAGGAUUGCAUGCGCUUUUUCCCCCCAGAAUUGUUCUCUGGAAGAUCUGGAACAUGGAGUGCGGGUGAUGGGAUCUGGGUUGAACUGUCAGGUAAAAUGCAUGUGUUAGCCCGAUUACUAGCCCAGCUUCGUCAGGAAACGGAUGACCGGAUUGUCCUAGUAUCAAACUAUACACAAACCCUGGACCUUAUUGCUCAAUUAUGUCGGGAAAGAAGAUACCCAUUUCUAAGGCUUGAUGGAAGUACAUCGAUCAGUAAAAGACAAAAGUUGGUUAACAGUUUUAAUGAUAAAUCGAAGGAUGAGUUUGCAUUUUUGUUGAGCAGCAAGGCUGGUGGCUGUGGGCUCAAUUUGAUAGGUGGAAACCGACUGGUUUUGUUUGAUCCCGAUUGGAAUCCUGCCAAUGACAAACAAGCUGCAGCAAGAGUAUGGAGGGAUGGUCAAAAAAAGAGGGUGUACAUCUAUAGAUUUUUGAGCACAGGAACCAUUGAAGAAAAGGUUUACCAGCGUCAAAUGUCAAAAGAAGGGCUUCAAAAAGUUAUCCAAAAGGAACAAGCAGAGAUCAAGAACCAAGGAAACUUCCUCUCAACUGAAGAUCUACGAGACCUGUUCUCACUUCAUGAGAAUGUUAGUUCUGAAAUUCAUGAGAAGAUGAACUGUGUCCGUUGCCGAAGUUGUGGAGGUAUAGCGGAUGAUGGACCUGAAACUUAUGGAGAAGAGGAUGGAGGUAGUUCAGUAAAUGAAAAUUGUCAAUCUGAUCAGGAGGAUAUAGGGGGCUUUGCAGGGAUUACUGGGUGCUUGCACAAGUUAAAAAGCUCAGAGAGACAGAUAGGAACCCCUCUUGAAGAGGAUUUAGGUAGUUGGGGUCAUCACUUUAAUCCGACAUCUGUUCCGGAUGCAAUUUUACAAGCUUCAGCUGGAAAUGAGGUCACUUUCGUUUUUACGAAUCAAGUUAGUGGAAAGCUUGUGCCUGUUGAACCAGUAGUCCCAAGGACAGGCAGAGUGGAUGAAAAUAAAAACCAAUGCCAGUCCAAAGAAAAUCUGUUUCCAAAAUCUCUAUCAAUAUCACGUCAACCACACGCACGCCCGUGGAGAUCUUCCAAUGGUGGUACAACAAAGAACAAGUUAUCCACUUCCUUAAAACCUUCACAAGGAAAGUACAUCAAACCAGUCCCACAUUUAGAAGGUACAAAGCAUGUAAAUUUGAAACCUAAACUCUCUUUGAGGACGCAAUUACCUCAAAAAAGGCAUUCCCCAGAUUAUAUAGAUGAUGAUGAUGAUUUUCAGUAAAACUUUUUAGUUGGUACACAGCAUUAUCUUACCAUUUUCUUCUCUGUAACAAGCCUGAUCAAUUUUGAUCAUAUACGUGAUUCCAUUAGUUGAGUUUAGCGCAUUGUUUUUAAACUCAGUCGAAUUAUGCAAGUAAUUAAUAAGUUUAUAAGCAGUUGUUGAUU